CAGUAAAGUAGCACAUCCGCAGUUGACGUUGUUUACAUCUGGAUGGUGUGAAUAAAUGUUUGUGGGACGCAUGGUUACAUAUCACGUGGGUUAAUUGCGCACCGUAUAGCUUCGGAACUUCCUUGUGAAGAGAAUCUAAUGGUCGUCUCAUCAUGGACAGUGAACUGAGCCCCCAGGAUAAAAAGGAUUUAGACAAGUUCAUUAAGUUCUUUGCCCUGAAGACUGUUCAGGUUAUUGUCCAAGCUCGUCUUGGAGAGAAGAUCUGCACUCGGUCAUCCUCAUCGCCCACUGGCUCUGAUUGGUUUAAUUUGGGCAUCAAAGACAUCCCAGAGGUGACCCAUGAAGCCAAGAAGGCACUGGCUGGCCAGCUUCCAGGUAUCGGACGCUCCAUGUGUGUUGAGAUCUCCCUGAAAACAUCAGAGGGAGACUCAAUGGAGUUAGAAACUUGGUGCCUGGAGAUGAAUGAAAAGUGCGAUAAAGACAUCAAGGUGUCCUAUACAGUCUACAAUCGUCUGUCGGUCCUUCUUAAGUCUCUUCUGGCCAUUACUAGAGUAACACCUGCCUAUAAGCUGUCUAGGAAGCAGGGACACGACUAUGUCAUCCUGUACAGGAUCUAUUUUGGAGAAGUCCAGCUCAGUGGAUUAGGAGAAGGUUUCCAGACAGUGCGUGUUGGUGUUGUUGGUACUCCUAUUGGCACAGUUACACUUUCAUGUGCAUAUCGCACCAACUUGGCGUUCAUGUCUAACAGGCAGUUUGAGCGGUCGGCUCCUAUCAUGGGCAUCAUUGUGGAUCAUUUUGUGGAUCCUCCCUGCAGCAGCCAGCGGCCUGCAAACAUGGGACAGCCCUGCAACUACAGGGCACCAGAUGAGGAAGAUGGAGGACAAUUUGCAGGAGUUCAGGAUUCACAAGAGGUCUGCAACACAUCCUUCUCCACCUCCCCUCCCUCUCAGUGUGUGUGUACACUGAGUCCGUCCCCCUCUAAACUGUCUAAGCCCCUUCCCUUGGACAGUCUGCAGCUUCCAUUGGCUCCUGGACUUGUCACUCACACUCUUUAUGCAUCUAGGCUGUCUUACCAGCCUCCAGCUCUUGCAGCAGCUGCUGAGCUUUGCCACCCUGUUGUCAAUCCGAACCAGGUACUCCAUACUGGGAAGGAGGGUGGGGUUGUAUUGGUUCCCGCUCAGCCACCCCAGGGAGCUGAUACUCAUCUGACAGUAGAGCACGCUCCCAACACACCUGGCAGCAGUUUCCUCAGUGGUGAAGAUGAUGGUCUGUCCCAGAGUGGGGAAGGAAGGAGGGAUGACAGGAGGAGCGUUUCUCCCUCUGAUCCAGUAGAGUCGCUCAAUGCAUUUACAAGGAAAGUCGGGGCCUUUGUCAAUAAACCCAACACACAGAUGACAAUAGCCAGUCUGGACCUGCCGUUUGCUGCAUUUGCUCCUCGAGGCCUGGACACAGAAGAAAACGAUCCGAUGGUACACCCUCCAGAAUCUCCUCCUUGUCUGUCGCCACUGCAGGGCAGCCUUCACUCUGAGGGCUCAGAGGGAUCGGGUCCGCAAGAUGAUUUCGUCAUGGUUGACUUUCGGCCAGCCUUCUCUAAAGAUGACUUGCUCCCAAUGGAUCUUGGUACAUUCUACAGAGAGUUUCAAAACCCUCCACAGCUGGCCAGCCUCUCACUACACAUCAGCUCCCAGUCCAUGGCUGAUGACUUGGACUCGCUGCCAGAGAAAUUGGCAGUCUAUGAGAAAAACAUAGACGAGUUUGACGCUUUUGUGGACAUGCUCCAGUAGGAGAAAAAAAUAAACAUCUGAGAAAAGACUAAAUUAGGAAAACGUCAGGAGAGAAAUGGACUGUGGCAUUAUUUAUCCUGUGAGAAUCACUGGCAACAUCACCAAGUGGAGCACUGCUUUUCUGACGCCUUCCUCCCAAGCACAUUUGUUUUGCUCACCAGAUUGUCCUCUUCAUCAUGAAUACUGUAGUUCCUCCUGACACUGGUGCACAUGCUCUGGUCUAGUGUUAGACUGAAUAUUUUCUGAUGUUUCAGUGUUUAAUCUGUUCACAACAUAGCUGCACCACUCAAUGGAACUAGAGUGACCCCUCCUUUAAAAUCUGCUCAACACUACUAGCUUCUAAAGGUUUCCUUUACAACAUGGCCUUUGUGAUCACAAGGUUAAAAUAGUUACUAAAAUCUGUUAAAAUCAAAGUGGUAUUGUUUGUAACGUGAUUCAGAAAUCACAAAAGAAGUUGUCUUCUUGCCUUACAGCAUGCACUAGUCCUGUGUUGUGAAUCAGAAACAUCCUUAAGACCGUAAGAAGUCACAAGCCUCAGAUUUACCUUACUGAUGUGUUCCCAGCUGGACUGGGGAUGUGAAGUGUCCAUUGUUAGAAAAUGGCCCCAGUGGAGUCUAAAAUUUAAACAACUAGUGUUUGUCUAAUGAAGAAAACCAUUUUUCCACACAAAAACCCAAUUUGUGGAACUUUGCUUCAGGUGAGUGUAGAUAAAUUACACUUGUUUAAAGCGAAUACAACAGUCCUGCAAUAAAAGCUGCUUUUAUGAAGCUUUGUCCAACUCGGUGGAACAUGAAGAAUAGAUUAGUACAGUCACAUUCAACAGCACAAUAAACUGCAACCUUCACAAUGAUCAGGACUGGGAUUCAACAGUAGGUUAAAAAUCACAAAGCCUCUAAACCAGGGGUGGCCAAGCCUGGUCCUCAACAGCCAUAGUCCUGCUGCUUUUCCCAACGCUCCCUGCAGUGUCAGUUUGCUGCAGAUUGACUGAACAAACUGGUCAAGGUAAUCAGUAUUCGAUGAGGCAGGGAGAGUUGGAAAACCAGCACAGUGGCUCGAGGACCGGGCUUGGCCACCCCCGCUCCAAGUGAAAGCAGCUGCAGGACUGUUGCAUUAGUUUCAGCUACCUACUAAACUGUGUGUCUACUGUAGGCUGUGCCAACAUGCAUAUGUUUAUGUUGUAAAAGGGGAAACCAGUCUACAGAAAGCACAGACUCACCGCCCAUUGUUGUAAUUUGGUUUAAAGCUUUAAUUUGAAUCUUUUGCUGUUUGUCUAGGUGUUUGAAUAAAAGCAUGGGUGCGCUGUUGAAACAGA